GAGCAUCUGAGAGGCUCCCUGAGCGCAACAGGCUCAGGGACAGGAGCAGACGUCUGCAUUUGCCACAAUGCAAUCAUCUGGGAACUUUGCAGCUGCUUCCUGGCAGCUUGUCAUCCAAGUGGACAUUCCAAAUGAAGAGAACCAGAGAACAGUGAAGUUGGCAGUGUCUGGAGACCUCCACAUUGGGGGAGUGAUGCUCAAGUUAGUAGAAGAUAUCAAAAUUGCCCAAGACUGGUCAGACUUUGCUCUCUGGUGGGAACAGAAGCACUGCUGGCUUCUGAAAACACACUGGACUCUUGACAAAUGUGGUGUCCAGGCAGAUGCCAAGCUUCUCUUCACCCCUCAGCAUAAAAUGCUUCGCCUCCGCCUGCCAAACGUGAAGACAGUGAGAUUGCGAGUCAGCUUCUCAGCUGUGGUUUUUAAAACUGUCAGUGACAUCUGCAGAACCCUCAAUAUCAGACGAUCAGAAGAACUUUCUUUGCUAAAGCCUUCUGAUGACUAUUUUAAAAAGAAGAAAAAAAAAGAUAAAAAUAAUAAAGAGCCCAUCAUUGAAGAUGUUUUGAACCUGGAGACUUCUUCAACAAUUUCAGGUUCACCAGUAAGUCCUGGCUUAUACAGUAAAACCAUGAUUCCCACAUAUGACCCCAUCAGUGGAACACCAGCAUCAUCCACUAUGACUUGGUUCAGCAACAGCCCUUUGACAGAACAAAACUGCAGCAUCCUCGCAUCCAGUCAACCCCCUCAGUCUGCAGAAGCACUCGCUGAAAUGUACCAACCUCGGACUCUGGCUGAUAAAGCCAAGCUCAAUGCAGGUUGGCUGGACUCUUCUCGUUCCCUUAUGGAACAAGGCGUCAAGGAGGAUGAGCAGUUGCUGUUACGAUUUAAAUACUACACCUUCUUUGACUUGAAUCCCAAAUAUGAUGCUGUCCGAAUAAACCAACUCUAUGAACAAGCCAGGUGGGCCAUUCUCUUAGAAGAAAUUGACUGCACAGAAGAAGAAAUGUUGAUCUUUGCAGCACUGCAGUACCACAUUAGCAAGCUGUCGUUGUCAUCUGAAAUACAGGAUUUGACAAAUGAGACUGAGGUUGAUGAAAUAGAAGCAGCACUUUCUAAUUUGGAAGUGACCCUGGAAUGUGGAAAAGCAGAUAACACUUUGGAGGACAUUACUGACAUCCCUACACUGGCAGAUAACCUCAGGUUAUUUAGGCCCAAGAAGCUAAUGUUAAAAGCUUUCAAACAAUACUGGUUCGUCUUUAAAGACACAUCUAUCACCUACUAUAAAAAUAAGGAACUUGAACAUGGAGAACCAGUAGAAAAGCUAAAUCUUAGAGGCUGUGAAGUUGUGCCAGAUGUAAAUGUAUCAGGGAGAAAAUUUGGAAUCAAGUUACUAAUCCCUGUGGCCGAUGGAAUGAAUGAAGUGUAUCUGCGAUGUGACCAUGAGAAUCAAUAUGCCCAGUGGAUGGCUGCCUGCAUCCUGGCAUCAAAGGGCAAAACUAUGGCAGACAGCUCCUACCAGCCAGAGGUUGUCAACAUCCUCUCAUUUCUAAAGAUGAAAAAUCGGAACUCAACAACUCAGGUGGCCUCCAGUCUAGAAAACCUGGACAUAAAUCCAGAAAGUUUUGUGUCCCCUCGGUGUGCAAAAAAGCACAAGUCUAAACAGCUGGCAGCCCGGAUUCUGGAAGCUCACCAGAAUGUGGUCGAUAUGCCCCUGGUUGAAGCCAAGUUGCGGUUCAUCCAGGCAUGGCAGUCUCUCCCUGAAUUUGGCAUCACCUACUACCUUGUCAGAUUUAGAGGAAGCAAAAAAGAUGACAUUCUGGGAGUUUCAUAUAACAGGUUGAUAAGAAUCGACAUAGCCACUGGGAUUCCACUUACAACAUGGAGAUUCACAAACAUGAAACAGUGGAAUGUAAAUUGGGAAAUCCGGCAGGUGGCCAUCGAGUUUGACCAGAACGUCUCCAUUGCAUUCACCUGCCUGAGUGCAGACUGCAAGGUCGUGCAUGAAUACAUCGGCGGCUACAUUUUCUUGUCCACCCGCUCCAAGGGACAGAAUGAAACGCUGGAUGAGGAGCUCUUCCACAAGUUGACUGGAGGCCAAGAAUGAAGCGAAGCAGGACUGCUGGGUGUAUGCGAGCCCAAGGUGUGGCUGGCAGUGCAGCGCGUAGAUUCCAAACUGGC